AUGAAACAACUAGAGGAAAAGGCACUGAGGUGCUAUGCAGAAUCAACAGACCAUCUUUCACCGGAUGAAUUUGUCAAAAUGAUGGUGGUCGAUGGCUUCUUCAUCAUUGAAUUGUUACUCAACUUUACAGCGCUCAAAUGUUCACAGAAAAACAAUGAUCCUCCACAAAAGGUCGUCACAAUGGAUCCUCUUUUCAGAAUGGAAUGGAUGAUGAGUUUUCUGCAGCGAAACCUAAUGUUGUUCGAGAAUCAACUUCCUUUCUUUGUUUUAAGUAAAUUGUAUGAAAUGAUUGAUCCUUCAGGCCACCAGGGCAUUUUCAUCAAGAAGGCGUUGGAAUUUUUCAAUAAUCUUUUCCCAGAUUAUGGAAAGAACACCAGAAUUGAAGCUUCUCAAGACAAUAACAUCAAACAUCUACUUGACUUGGUACACGGAAAUUGGUCAAGCCUGAAACUUGAACCUAAAGCAGAUUUCACAUGUAACAUGAAAAAUCUUAAGUGCAUCGGAAGUGCAACUGAACUUGCAGAGGCUGGAAUCCAGUUAUAA